UGUGUGUGUGUUCUUUCUCCAGUCAUCUGUCAUGUCGUGGGAAUCACGUUAUCAGAACAUUGAGUACAGGCUGCUGGCUGAGAUGCUGGGAGAUCCUCUGGACACGCAGGUGAAGGUGUGGAUGAAUAAGUACGGCUGGACGGAGAACGAGGACGGACAGAUCUUCAUUCAUAAUCAGGAGGAGAGCGUCAAGCCCAAGAACAUCGUGGAGAAGAUCGACUUUGAGAGUGUGUCCAGCAUCAUGGCGACGUCGCAGUGAACACACACACUCACACACACACACACACACACACAUAAAUAUGAAUUUUACAAUAAACUGAUUUCAGUAAGAAA